AUGUCUUAUUACUCAGACUAUAUUCGUCAAAUUACCCACAAUCUCGCGCUCAAAUCAAACGAGACAAGUCAGCCGACGUGUCCUGUAAAUACAUGCACAACGGAAAUCCCAUACAAACAACACCAUUUAUUAGACAGUACGCAUGAGAAUCUCGAAUGGAAAAAACGUGCAUUGGCUGAAAUAGAAUCUCUUAAACAAAAGUUAUGUGUUGCCGAACUUGAAAUAGAAUCAAAGAAACAACUUUUGAAAAGGCGAAAAACAAAAUCAGAGCCGGAAUCAGACUGUGAUCUGAGGAUGACCCGUACUCGUCCAGAGACAACUCAAGUUCUAAAGACAUGUAUCGAUGACGAUAACUUGGCCAUAUUUAACGAUAGCGAAUUUCCCUCUAUCUCUUACGAUGUAUCAUAUGCAACGUCCUUUCUUCAACACAUACAAGCAUUCAAUCUCCAUUAUUCAUCAUUUCGCCAGACAAUAUCAGCCACGUCGAUCGAUGCAAUGCAAAGGGCGAUAGAAAAAAUUGUUUCUUUCAUGGAAGUUAAGAUUGAAAAUAUGGUUGUUCAAGAGACUAGAAAGACGGAAACAAAGUUGAAAGGAAUUCGAGAAAGACUAGGUGAAGAAAUGGAGAAAAGAGCGGAAGCAGGGAAAGAAAAGAGUUAUUAUAAAUCACCAAUCAAGGGAGGCGAGGAAGAAGAGAAUCAAUUCGAGAUUAUAUUUGAAACGUGCCUGAAAAGAUUUGGCGACACUAUAAGAAAGCUCUGCGUUAUCGUACCAGUCACAUACUUUCCCUACCAGUCACUCCAUUCUACCCUUUCUCGUUUGGUCUCGCUCCUCCAUCCCCUGUCAUUUCUUAACUAUCAUUGCUGCUUCAACUUGCUGCAAAAUCUGCAGCGCGAUCCACGAGCAUGUUUGGUUAGAAUGAUUGUAGAUAUUGGAACGUUUGAUGAGAGUAUUGGGAAGAGUAUAGUAAAGAGCGUUAUUCAUGAGAUGACAAUUAUAUAUGAAGGAAAGAGAGAGAAAAUCGAAAAAGUCAGUAGUAGCUCAGAAAAUGAGGAAAUGAUGUGGAUUGCAGAAGAUACGUGUUAUUAUUUAUUGUGGAUCCUUGAAGAAAGCCCUCCUAUUUGCUGGACAGCAACCUCCGUGCAACAGUUACUUUCUCUGCUAUCUCAGUCUCUAACGAUCAACAUCACCUCCGAGUCGCGUACGCUUUUAAACGCUACAUUUGAGAAAUACCUUUGGAACAUAUGCGAAAAAGUAUGGAUAAAUGUGGAUGGUUUUGCAGUGGCGGAUUUUAUUGUUGAUAGUCGCAUUGGACAAGACUGA